CAGAAUAUAGCCUACUGUACUAUUUAGCAAAAGUGACCGAACUAAGUGAGUUUACGCACAAACUGCCGAAUCUCAAAACCACAGGCUGAGCUCUGUGGCGGCUUUUGGGUUGUUUGAAUCUUUCAUCCUCCAUGGGAAUCAUCAGUGCUUGGGAUAUUAGACUAUGGUGCUUCUGAAAUGUGGUAUUGUGUUGGCAGGCUCUGUAGAUUUCGUUACAGGAGUUGAUUAGCUUCUCUUGCGAUUCUCUGGAUAGUUUCAGUAUUUUGAGUGGCCUAUAAAGCUGCAGUGUCAUGUCCCGAUGGUCUUGACAACACUGAUUGGGUUGCCUUGCAACAAGAUGCAAACUUCCAUGAUGUUUCUUUGAAGAUCAUGGAAGUUUUGGAGAAUGGGAGGCUGACUUGUGACUCGACUCGUAUUAUUGAAUAUCCACGCAGCCUUGUUGGCUCUAACAACUGACGUCACUGUCAUUUUUGUUGGCAUCAGCAAGCUUGGGAUCCUUGCUUGGUGCCGACAAGGCUUCCAAAGAAGCAACUCACUUCUCUUCUGCAACAGUUUAUCCCAAAGCAAGCUCCCUUCCAUCUCUAUGUACUGUACCGAUGAUGAAAAAGAAGCAAUUACCUUGGUUUAUUCUGGCUUUGACGUCCAUGAUAUCAUGGCAACCGGCAGAGGGGCUCGUUGCCUCGUCCAGGGAUGGACCAACGGCCUUCCAAAUGCACACAAAGUCACACAAGACCCUUGGACGAGGCUCGAGCCUUUUUUCUCGGUUGGAUCCACAAGAUCCUUCAGGACAACAAAGUCAACUAUCUUCUCGGCGACAGUGGCUGGAAAAGUCGGCUUUGGCACUCCCGGCAAUUCUGACGUUCCAUCCACUGGCAUCCCAAGCUACUGAAGAUCCCAUGACACCCUUCCGAACCAAAGCCUACAAUCUGAAAGAGUACACAAACUCGAUCGUUGCAUCCAAGGACACCAAUGUUUCUCCCAAAGAAGCCUACGAUGUACUGGCAGAAACCAUUGCCCCGAUUGGCCGAAAAAAAUCUGGCUCUGGCGCCAAGAACAAUCCCAACCGAAACCGAGCCUUGGAUGUAGGGGCAGGAGCAGGAGUCUCCACUCAAACCCUUUAUGAAAUGGGAUUUACCGACAUGGACGCCGUCGAUUGGUCUGGGUUGGCGUGGGAAGGCAAUGUGGUGGAGUGUCCUCCUUCCGUCAAGUUUUUUGAAAUGGAUGAUGAACGAUUCUUUCGUAAUCAGCGACGGGACAAUCCCAACGUGCGGUACCACACCAUUGUAUACAAUUUUGCAAUCAACUUGGACAAGGCACAGCAGAUUGCCAAAGAAUUUCUGGAUCCUGAUUUGGAAGAUGCCCGUUUAUUGGCUCCUGCCAAUGCACAAAAGGAUUACUGGUACAAACAAACCUACUACUUGAUCGAUGCUAAAGGCGACAUCAUUUGGAAAUCCAAGCCAGAUGUGGGGGCAUGGUCGGUCCAGUUUCAGCCAGAUGUCACCUCGGAUACCUGUCAAGGGAUAUGGUGUCCGCCAUACAAUGGAUUUGUCAAGCAAAGAUAGCAACAAAUCAAUGAGAAUUGUUACCAGUAACUGUUCUGUACAUGACGUUCCGGCUGCAGUUGUGUCCUAACUAAUGCGCUUGGGUUGUGUAAUGAAUAGAAGGCUCUUCAGUGCCUCAAGCUGCCUGGAUUAAUAGCAAAACUAGUAUCUCUAUACGUUAUAGUCUA